UUCAAUAACAAAUCCGGUGUAAGCGCUCGUCUUGUAUCGAUUUCUCAUAAACGAUUACCUGGGUCUGUUAGAUAGGCUGUUGAAGGGUUCAAGUGAAAGGAGCAGUAAGAGUAAACAUAUGGAGGACAUCGAUAAGAAAAUAAAAGUCUCGCUCUCCCCUGUGUGACUCACUGGCAGCACAGAAGCAGUUCUCCUCUCCUCCGUCUUUGCCGUUCUCUCUCCUGCCUCGCCGCGCUGCACCGGACCCUAUAUGACAAGCAGGUUCUGACACAAGCCUGCCAUUGCAUCUGUGAUAUGUGCCGGCUGACUUCAGUGGAGUGAGAACUUGCACGUUCUCCUGCUCCCUUUCCCCCCUCUCUCUCUCUCUCUCUCUCUCUCUCUCUCUGUCUCUCUCUCUCUCUCUUUGUCUUUCCCACACUCUUUCUCUUCUGCUCUCCUUUUCUUUCUCUCCCUCUCUCUCCAUUUCUUUUUCCACUGGAGGCAAAAGAAGCUGUUGAACGUGGCUGUCGCUGUGCAUGUGGUCAGCCUUCACCUGACGCCGGUGCGAAGAAAGAACCCAAACGCGGUGUUGUGUCGCCUGACUAAGUGUGAGUUGGGAAAAGGAGGUGGACGAGUGAACCGGAGGGCAAGCCAGGCCUCUGUUGACGUUUGACGCGGCGCAGAGGGGAGUGGAAAGGCAGGCGACCCAGAAGGAGCCACGCCCCUAGCCUUGCAGAGAGCAGUGGCUGAGUGGUGUGCUGUAGGAAGCCCGGGUGGGCUCCAUGCUGUGAGAGGACCCAGGCGUAGCUAACCAACAGCACCACCUGCUCACGGCCCAUCUCUCUGAGCCCACCUGCCCAGCCACCUGAGCGAGGGAGAGAGGAAGAGAAAGAUAGAGAGAGACAGAGAGAGAGAGAGGGGGUGAAAAAGCAAGACCAGGAGAUAUGGGAUUCCUGGUGUCUUGCAUUCUUGUGAUGGCUCUCAUCUGUCAAAGCCAUAGCCACAGUGGCAGUCCUCAGGCCAGGAUCAAACGGUAUCAGGAGACACCUUGGUCUGACCCGAAUGACUGCACCCAGCCCAGACAACCUCUCAUCAUGUCCAACCCCUUCAACUUCUCUGUGGACAUCCGUAUGCCAGGGGUCCUUCCCACUUCAUCUGAUUCCUACUACUGUGUGGCUGUUCCGGUGCCCACAUCAAGGGAGGCCUAUAUAGUGGAUUUUGUGCCCCACGCCUCCAUGGACACUGCACACCACAUGCUCUUAUACGGCUGCAGAGCGCCAUACUCCACCAAAGGCUUCUGGGAUUGUGGGACAGAGCAGGGCACCUGUCAGGAUGAGGCCAAGAUCAUGUAUGCCUGGGCCAGGAAUGCUCCACCCACCAAUCUCCCUAAAGACGUUGGCUUUAAAGUUGGAGGAGAUACCCAGAUCACCUACUUUGUGCUGCAACUUCACUAUGGCGACGUCAACAGCUUUAGAGAUCACCAUAGGGACUGCUCAGGACUUACUCUAAGAAUGACUUCCAAACCACAGCCCUAUGUUGCUGGCAUGUAUCUGAUGAUGUCCUUGGACACUGUCAUCCCUCCAGGAAAGACAGUUACCAAUGCAGACAUUGCUUGCACUUACUUAUCAUACCCAAUGUACCCUUUUGCCUUCAGGACCCACACACAUCGCCUUGGUAAAGUCGUUAGUGGCUACAGAAUUCGAAAUGGACAGUGGAUGCUGAUUGGGCGCCAGUCCCCACAGUUACCACAGGCCUUUUAUCCAGUGAGCAACGCCAUCGACGUGAGAUACGGAGAUACGCUGGCCGCCCGCUGUGUUUUCACCGGAGAAGGCAGGACCGGCAAAACGCGAAUCGGAGGCACCUCCAACGACGAGAUGUGCAACUUCUACAUCAUGUACUACAUGGACAACAAGCAUGCUGUGCCUUACAUGGAUUGCAUGGACCAUGGCACCAGUGGCCUGUUCAGAGGCAUCCCGGCCGAAGCCAGCGUACCCAUCCCCGUUAGCCCAGACAAGCUCGUCUCCAUGGUGCACGGCUCCGCCCACAGAGACGGCGAGGACGACUCGGAGCUCAAGCAGCCGAAGAGAGACGAGGAGGAGGUUCCCGAUCAGGGUGACUUCUAUUCCCUUCUCUCCAAACUCCUAGGGGAGAGCGACGACAUUGUCCGUGUGCAUAAGUAUAACCCCGCGGAGGCAGCCCAGGCGGAUCUGGUGGCUGAAAUCGAUAGCAUAAUGCAAAAGAAAGGCCUGGGCUGGCCCGUGCCGGGGCUGGGCUAUGGCCAGAGCGAGGACACAGUUCUGGUGAGGGACAGAGUACACAAGUUCCAUCAGUUAGAAGCCACUGUCAGGCCGCCGGGGACCGCCAGACAGCUGAGAACAAAGCUGGCAAAGGUCACAAAACAAGGAGCUCAUCUGGAAGAGAAGGCUGGUUGGCCAGAGGUGCAGCUUCAGCUGGGCCAGGUGUCUGGUCUGGCUCUGGACUCCAGUGAGAACCUGAUCAUUUUCCACAGAGGAGACCACCGAUGGGGAGUAAACUCCUUUGACAGUAACGCGAUAUACCAGCAGAAGGCCCUUGGUCCCAUCCAACAGUCCACUAUUUUGGUGGUGGAUCCGGUCAAAGGCAGCGUGCUCAAGGCCUCAGGGAGAAACAUGUUUUAUUUGCCCCAUGGCAUUACCACUGAUAAGGACAAUAACUAUUGGGUGACCGAUGUAGCGCUUCAUCAGGUGUUGAAACUAAGCAGGGAUGGGAAGGACACAUUGCUGCUCACCCUGGGUGAGGCCUUUGUGCCUGGCAGCGACCAUGGCCAUUUCUGCCAGCCCACCGACGUGGCUGUGGAUCCAGACACGGGCAACGUCUACAUCUCAGAUGGCUACUGUAAUGCCAGGGUCCUUAAGUUCUCGCCCGAGGGCAAAUAUCUGACACACUGGGGAGCAGGUUACCUAGACCGGCGGCGCCGCGGACCCUUCCGGAUCCCCCACAGCUUGGCCUUCGCCCCAGACAAGCGUGAGCUGCUGGUAGCCGACCGCGAGAAUGGCCGCGUGCAGUGCUUCAUGGCCGACACCGGCGAGUUCGUCAAGGAGAUCAAGAAAGACGAGUUCGGAGGGGAGGUUUUCGCUGUGGCCUACGCACCUGUACACAGUGGGCUGAUCUAUGUGGUCAAUGGAGAGUCCCCAUACGGCAACUUUGCCCCCCUCCAAGGCUUCAUGCUCAACUAUUCAACCAAAGAGAUCUUGGAUACGUUCGCCCCAGAAACACAGAAGUUCAAAAUGCCUCAUGACAUUGUUGUUGCAAAAGAUGGAAGUGUCUUCGUUGGGGAUGCCUCUUCAGACUCGGUUCUGAAGUUUGUGCCAUCUGAAAGUGUGCUUUACUUUACGCCAUCUCUCCUUUCAGAGGCAGAGCACCGUUCUGUUAAAAAAGGGGGGAUCGAGGUGCAGGAAAUUGAAGAAACGGAGACUUUCGUACAGGCCAAUCUGAAGCCCAUCCAAAAGUCAGCGUCUCAGUCUGCAGAGGCAGCUGUGUUAAAACUGCCAGCAACAGUGCAGGAGGAGGGGGUGCUGGCUCAGCACAGCUCCACCCCUGAGGAGAAGGAGAAGAGCAGCAGUACUGGUGCCUCUGCUGCACAGGGCCUCUCCCCGGCUGUCCUCACCACCCUGCUGCUUCUCCUCCCCCUCCUGCUGGUCAUCGCUGUUGGCGCGUUCGUCCGCUGGAAGAAGGGCCGGAUGUACGGAGACGGUCAUGAGGUGAAGCUAGAACCAUCGGGAUCCUCAGGAGGAAUCUUGGGUAAACUCAGAGGCAAGGCUGCAGGGACGCUGAACUUGGGGAAUUUCUUUGCCACCCAUAAAGGCUACACACGGCAGGGCUUUGACCGCCUCAGUACAGAGGGUAGCGACCUGGAGAAGGACGACGAGGAUGCCACUGACUCAGAGAAUGAGGAGUACUCGGCCCCGCCUCCUCCCGGGAUUUCAUCACAGUGAGAUGCCCAGAGCCCACCCCAUCCGCUCUGCCCCCGCCCCCGCCCCCGCCCCCACACCCCCCUUCAGCACAGCCCGGUCUGGUCCUCCCACUCGCACCGUCAGGAUGUACUGCAAUCAUACGUGUAAUUGUUCGUAUUGGCUGCCAAUAUAUUUUAUUUAUUUGUGCAAAACCUUUUUCUUAGUAGUAUGUAUGACUGCCACUUUAAUUUAUAAAUUUUAAGGGGACCAUGUAGAGGAGCAAAACACUGGUAGCAUUAAGAAUAAAGCUAUAUGGUUAUUUUUUAAUGGGAGGGGAGGAAUGUUGUUUAAUUUUUAAUUAUGAUCAGUAAACUUCUUCCAAUAAUUUAUCAGUUUCUCAAAGAAAAAAAAGCCUUUUUUUUUUUGUGUAAUUGGUCUUUAAUCACUUAUCUGUACAUUUGUGCCUUUUGAUUAUGUAUUUCACCUUCUGCAGCACCUAUAUUACUACAAAUGUGCCACUUAUUUCAAAACGCUGCUACUGUCACCUGUAUUUUGGUUUCUGUUGUGCCGCAUUCAAUGAAAAGAAAAAAAAGAGGAUUAUGAUGAUAUAUCUAAAACUGUAUUUACUACAUUUUCCAAGCAGGAUGUAAAAUGUGUCUGAUAUUUGUUGUGACAUACUGAGGUUUUAUUGCAAGAAUACUAUUUUCAGUAACAAUGUUAUUUGUGUAAUAAAGUGUCUGCAAAGCAUCACCUGACAGUUUUCUAAA